UAUAGCACAAGAUCAUGGGCCUAAAUUUCUGGAGGAAACUUGCAAGAGGAGUGGAGAUCAUGGGCCUAAAUUUCUGGAACAAAACCACCUGCAGAAAACUGCAAAUAACCUCCAUUAGAGUGGUUAUUUUUGGGAGUUUAAAGGGCUGAGAUUUAAUCUCAGCAUGAUCCGACGGUCAAGAUGGAUUUCAAAGUUAACUCCCACUUAAUGGGUUCCAUAUAUAUAUAUAAUGUGAAGAAGACGACGAAGAAGAAUAGUGAUACCGGUGCAGGUGCAAAUGCAAAGGCAAAUAUAAUGAACUUUGUGGGGUCCGGUACAUUAGCCGAGCUAGUUUGGUCACCACAAACAGGUUUAAACAUUAAAUUCGCCGACAACAAACCUUGUAUUAUGCCGGAAGAAGGUCCAAGUGAAACGAGGCGUCUAGACAAGGCUGAGAGUCACGGAAGCAUGGAAAGUUGCAGAAGUGCUAAUUUAUCGACUAAAAGAAAGAAAAUACGCAGCGUCGAACAACAAUUAAUUCUUGGAAGGAAAAGAAACAAGAAACAAGCUGAUGAAUACGCAACUAAAACCGAUCAUUCUUUCAUGAACUGGAUUUCAAACAUGUUGAAAGGAUUCAAGAGCCGUAACAUUUAUGAUCAAAGGAUCGGUGUUAGUAAUGAAACGCAUAGUCUUGAAAGCAAAGAAAAGGGAUUCCAAAAUGUUUUUCAGUCUCUUUUUUCGCCAGAAACUAUUACACGGAUUGAGAAUAAAUCCAUUGGCAGCUCGGUCAUAGCCAAAAGACGUAGCCAAGAAUCAGUCGUUUACAACAUAACAAAUGUAGGUAAAGAAGCACCGAAGGGAAUGUUUGAUACCAUAAGGGGGCUUAGAUUAUCGCGUACUGAUAUCCACAAAUGGAUGAAUUCCAAAUCGUCGGUUGCACAACUAGAUGGGUUCUUUCUACGGUUGCGGGUUGCAAAACCGGAAGAACGAGCUGAGGGAUCAAGAUACUAUGUUGCCUGCAUAACAGGAUUACAAUGGGAAACUCAAACUCCAUUAAAAGAUAUGAAGCAAUCUAUUCGAGUCAAAGUUGGAGGUGUUGAAUGCUUUGUUGAAAGUCAACACAUCUCUAAUUGUGAUUUUGUAGAGGACGAACUCGUAGCAUGGUGGCAGAAAACAUCGGAACAUCAAAGGAUUCCGGUUGUUAAAGAUUUGAAAUCCAAGCUGGCUGUGAGGAGAACAUUAGGGGUGUAGUUCAUGGAAAAAAUAUGUUAAUAAAUUGCAGAGGAAUAUGAUACGAAAAACAUUGGAUUGUGAGUGAAAUUGUGCAUGUUUGGUCAUAAAGAAGAGUGUGUGUUUGGUUAGUUAUUUGAAAGAAAAAUACAUGUAAAGUAUUUGAAGUUUGUUGGUUUUGGAUCAUGAUUUAUACAAUGGUAAGUGUGAAAUAAGA